AGCUCAAGAUCAGCCUCAAUGUCUGGUCGCGGUAAGGGCGGGAAAGGCCUGGGUAAAGGAGGCGCCAAGCGCCACCGCAAGGUCCUGCGCGACAACAUCCAGGGCAUCACCAAGCCCGCCAUCCGCCGCUUGGCCCGGCGCGGAGGAGUCAAGCGCAUCUCCGGCCUCAUCUACGAGGAGACCCGCGGGGUGCUGAAGGUGUUCCUGGAGAACGUGAUCCGCGACGCCGUCACCUACACGGAGCACGCCAAGCGCAAGACCGUCACCGCCAUGGACGUGGUCUACGCGCUCAAGCGCCAGGGCCGCACCCUCUACGGCUUCGGCGGCUGAGUUGCCAGAGGCUUCCGCAC